AUGAUUUUCUUAAUUAGAUUAGGUGCCAGUAUUUUAAAACACGUAACAAAAUUAUAUGAAUUAAAAUGGGAACUCCGCAAGGGAGAAAUACUGAGAGAAGAUCGUGGGGCCGUAGUAGUUUCGAACCACCAAUCAUCCCUUGAUAUUUUGGGUCUAUUCAACAUAUGGGAACAAGCAGAUAAGUUGACAGCGGUUGCCAAAAAGGAGCUAAUGUACGCUAUGCCAUUUGGAUUCGCAGCUUACCUUGCUGGGGUAGUAUUUAUAGACAGAAAGAAUACCAAGCGGGCAUAUGAUCAACUUAAAAUUACUUCGGACGUUAUGGUCAAACAGAAGACAAAAAUCUGGCUGUUUCCUGAAGGGACGCGGAAUAAAGAUUACACAAGUUUAUUGCCUUUCAAAAAGGGCGCAUUCCAUAUGGCCGUUGCUGCUCAAGUUCCGGUUAUACCCGUUGUGUUCUCGCCAUAUUAUUUUAUAAAUAGGAAAGAAGGUAUUUUCAAUAAAGGUCAAGUCAUUAUCCAGUGUCUAGAACCAAUAUCAACAAAGGGUCUUGGUCCAGAAGACGUGGAAAACCUAGCAACACAAGUUCGCGAUGCAAUGAUGGCUGUGUACAAAGAAUUGUCUAAAGAAGUGACGGCGAAUUUACCUUCAGAUUAUCCACACACAACUAUUGGU